AUGUGCGCCUCAUUCACAGGAAACGGUGAGACGAAGCGUGGUAGAACAGCCGGUCAGGGGCGUCGAGACAUGGCGGGCAAGCUCCCAGCGGACACCAUAACAACACAUGGUGGGCAAGAUCCCAGCGGACGCCAUAGCAACGUUGGAGGCACAGGCAGAGGCAUCUGCACGUUGCUGAUCCAUCGCCAUCCCGUUCCCUCAAUCCCCCAACUGACCACUCCUUCUUCCUCCAGACAUGACAUGGCGGGAAAGCUUCCAGAGGACGCCAUAGCAACGUUGGAGGCGCAGGCGGAGGCAGCUGCACGCGCCAUAGUGGAAAAGUACAUGAAGAAAUGUGCUGUAGCGGAUCUGGACUGUGAUUGGAAGAUAGCGGUGGGGGACGAGCGAGAGGUGAUCUGUAGAGAAGUGAUGCGCGUGUGUGCAGACGUGCUGAUUGUCGGAACGAGGGGGCUGUCGCCAGUCAAGAAGUGA